UUAUGAGUAUUUUGGAGACUUUUUCUCCACAUUUUAAAUGUACAGAAACUAUUUUCACCAUGCAUAGAAGAAGCUUCAGAGUUGAGAUUGCUCAGAAAAAAAGAAAUUGUGAAAUGAGCCCAAAACAAAGAGAGAGAGACGGGGGAGAAACAAAACAAAACGCCUCAAUGGCGGUGUUGAAUUUGGUGUGCUGGUUUUAGAGUAAAGCAAAGAAACUUCAAGUUUUUCUCUUCUACUUUACGUGUAGGCAUAUUGGGAAAUGGCGACUUCCCCUUAAUCUGCUUUCAAGCAAAGCCAUAUUGCCCACUAAAAUGGCUACUUUAUUUUCCCUUAUAAAUUCUAACCUCUUUCAUUGCAUCAUUGUAUUAACACAAAUUACUCUACUAAUCUCUUCUACCAAGUCGACUGAAAAUGGAUAAAUUCUUCCUGCUUUCCCUUCUUGGUAUGCUGAUCAUUGUCUAUGGAGUUUCAGGGAGUAUCGUGCCUGAUGGCGACAUUGACAUGGUUAAAGAACUCGAAAGUUUCGACAUUGAAGAAGAGGACGACAGUGCGGUGGACACAUAUGCGGUCCCAGUGUGGAGAAGUGAGCACGGGAGCAAGAUUCUGAUAAAUGUGGAUAGUUUUGACGCGGUUGGAGAUGGAGUUACAGAUGACACUAUGGCUUUCAGGAAGGCAUGGGAGACUGCUUGCAGCUCUUCAAAUUCAGUUCUUUUGGUGCCAAAAGAAGGGAGAUAUCUGGUGAAUGCAACUAAGUUUAAGGGGCCAUGCAAACAUGGUAUGGUAAUCCAGAUUGAAGGAACAAUAGUUGCACCAGGUGAACCAGAGAAUUGGGAUCCAAAACUUCCCCGUCAAUGGCUGGAGUUUACAAAACUAAGUGCAGCUACCUUUCAAGGGGAUGGAAUUAUCGACGGCUCCGGUGAGAAAUGGUGGGCAGAAUCCUGUAAAAAGAACAAGUCCAGGCCUUGCAAAGGAGCACCAACAGCAUUAACCAUAGAGUCGAGUUCAAAUAUAAGAGUAAAAGGCCUUACCAUUCAGAACAGCCAACAGAUGCAUUUCAUCAUUGCGCGGUCUAAAACUGUUCGAGUUUCGGAGGUAAGAGUGUCAGCUCCAGGAGAUAGCCCCAACACCGACGGGAUCCACAUCACGCAAUCAACUAAUGUUGUAGUUGAAAACUGCAAGAUUUCAACAGGUGAUGACUGCAUCUCCAUUGUCAAUGCUAGCUCUGGCAUCAAGAUGAAGAGAAUAUCAUGUGGACCAGGACAUGGGAUCAGCAUUGGAAGUUUAGGGAAAGACAACUCCACUGGUAUUGUAACAAAGGUGGUGUUAGACACAGCCUUCCUCAGAGAGACAACAAAUGGUGUUAGAAUCAAGACCUGGCAGGGAGGUUCGGGAUAUGUUCGCGCCGUUCGGUUCGAAAAUGUGAGAAUGGAAAAUGUUGAGAACCCCAUUAUCAUCGAUCAGUUCUACUGUGACCAUACUACUUGUGAACCUCAGGCAUCUGCCGUGAAAAUAAGCCAAAUCAUGUACCGAAACAUAAGUGGAACCACAACGAGCAAGAACGCGAUGAAGUUCGCCUGCAGCGACAGCUUUCCAUGCAGCAACAUAAUUCUAAGCAAUGUCAAUUUGGAGAAGACGGAUGGAACAGUGGAGACCUACUGCCACGCUGCUCAAGGCUUUGGAUAUGGCGUGGUGCAUCCAUCAGCAGACUGCUUAAGUUCCAGCGACAAUGACAUUGCAGCUUCAGAUGAGACCCAAGUUCCGGAGCUGGAGGCAGUGCAACUCCCUACUGAGCGGCACAUAGUUCACACUGAGCUCUGACCUUCAUGUCCUGUCCAUCUAAACUAAACUCAGCAAAUAUUUGUAGCAUAUAUACAUAGUACUCACAAUUAAACCUACCCUUUUGGAAUCUAAAUAGAAAUAUAGACUACCAAGUAAAUGAUUGUAAUAUUUCUUGAAAAAAGUAUACAUAUUUUGAAUUUAUAGUAAUGGUUUUUUAAUACCA